AAGGAGCGCGAGUUUUGGCUCAGAGCAGAUCGCUUCCUGGCAUCCAGGGUGAAGGCAACAAAAUCAAGCACAAGAGUGAGAGAAGAGGCGGUCAGAACUUCAAAUGGCACCCACUGCAACUUUGGAGAGCUCGUCUUACCAACUUUCCCGCAAAGUGAGAAAACCUCUUGUGGAAAAGCAAAGACGGGACAGGAUCAAUAACCUCCUGGAACAUCUCAAGAGCAUCAUCCUGGACAGCAGCCAGCAUGAGCAUGCGUCAACGUCCAAACUGGAGAAGGCGGACAUCCUGGAGCUGACGAUCAACUACCUGUGCAAGGUGCAGCAACAGACGCCAGGCGCCCUGCACCCCGCUGCCCACGGCAAGGGGGCCUGCGUUGGAGGCCACGUGGCGUCCACAAGAGAGCGGCAGCCCUUCUCGCCGGGGCCCCACGGCUCAGGCUGGGACAGCGGCGCAGAAACAGAUUUCACAUUCACCAAGAGGAAGAGCGAGCAGCUGUGGAGACCUUGGUGAUUGGCCAUCGGCGACAGGAACUUUGCGACAUCUUCAAUGUUGAGCGCGGCUCGCUGAUGCGAGGUGUUCAAAACUCGCACUCUUUUUCUUCCACGAAGAGCUCUCGUAGCCAAAUGCUUUGGCAGUAUUUACAUUGUUUUAACGCAAACAUUUUGCAAGCCGUUAUUGUUAAAAAUCACAUUUGAUUUAAUUUGUUCGGUCCUGUGGAUCUAAACAUAUACAUGUUAUAUUUUAUAGGUGUUCAUUGAUGCAAUGAUUGAGUAACCAAACAUCGUUCCUUCUAUGAAGAAUUGUGUAGCCAUCUGUUGUGGCUUUUGAGUUGUUUCAGUUGCUCGAAUUGACAGUUAUUGUGCCUUACGCUGUGACGUGUUUACCUAACUUUACAAGUAGAAUACGUUACACUAAUAAUUUAAUUAUUAGUCCGCUGAUAAACAUGUCACGUUUCACACCCAGAAGUCCAAACAAUUCAAAGGUAGUGAGUUCUCUUAUUACUAAUUUCUUUUUACGUAAACAAAGAAAUUGCAAAGUAAAAUUUUCUAUGAGAAUUUUGUAGCUAUGAGUAUUUCAUAUCUGUUAUUUCCAAUGGAAAUGUAAUAUACAUUGCGAGUGUGUUGUACUACUUACAGCACCUGUGAAUGGAUGCACGUGUGCACUCUGUGAGUGCAAGCGAUGAAUGUUGUACAGUGGAAUUUCUGCAAAACUCAUUCAUCUUGGUUUUGUGUUACACACAAUAUUCUGUGGAUGUUGGAAAACCAUUUUUAUUUUCCAAUAAAUGCUUUGAUGAAGAAAAAAAUG